AACCCCAAGCGCGCGCUCUCAGCCUAGUCUUGGCUCCACCCUCUUCCUCAGCCCCACCUCCUUCUGGCUCCGCCCCUCCAGUCCCCAGCGUCCGGGCCCGGCCCAAACAGCGAAGUUAGUCGGGCUGAAGUUGCAGCAGUGCCGGGACACAGAGGCGUCCGGUAAUAGCCGGUGGCAGAGCCAUGGCGGGCGAGGAAGACCGCGGGGAUGGGGACCCAGUAUCAGUGGUAACCGUGAGAGUGCAGUACCUGGAAGACACCGACCCUUUCGCAUGUGCCAACUUCCCGGAACCACGCCGGGCCCCUACCUGCAGCCUGGACGGGGGUCUGCCCCUGAGUGCGCAGAUCCCUGCGCUGCACCGCCUCCUGGGGGCGCCUCUCAAGCUGGAGGACUGUGCACUGCAAGUGUCUCCAUCAGGAUACUACUUGGACCCGGAGCUAUCCCUAGAAGAACAGCGGGAGAUGCUGGAAGGCUUCUAUGAAGAGAUCAGCAAAGGGCGGAAGCCCACAUUGAUCCUGCGGACCCAGCUCUCUGUGAGGGUCAAUGCUAUCUUGGAAAAGUUGUAUGGCUCCAGUGGCCCUGAGCUCCGCCGAUCUCUCUUCUCAUUAAAGCAGAUAUUCCAGGAAGACAAGGACCUGGUGCCUGAAUUUGUACACUCAGAGGGGCUGAGUUGCCUCAUCCGUGUGGGUGCUGCUGCUGAUCACAACUACCAGAGCUACAUCCUUCGAGCCCUGGGCCAGCUGAUGCUUUUUGUGGAUGGGAUGCUGGGGGUGGUGGCCCAUAGUGAGACUGUGCAGUGGCUGUACACACUGUGUGCUAGCCUGUCCCGCUUGGUGGUAAAGACAGCCCUGAAGCUGCUGCUGGUGUUUGUGGAGUAUUCUGAGAACAAUGCACCGCUGUUCAUCCAGGCAGUCAACUCUGUAGCCAGCACCACCGGUACUCUUCCCUGGGCCAACUUGGUGUCCAUCCUGGAAGAGAAGAAUGGAGCUGACCCAGAGCUAUUGGUGUACACUGUCACUCUUAUUAACAAGCCUUGGCUUCCUAACCCCACCUUCCAGACACUGGCAGCACUCCCAGACCAGGACUCCUUCUAUGAUGUGACAGAUGCCCUGGAGCAGCAGGGCAUGGAAGCACUGGUCCAACGCCUCUUGGGCACUUCUGGCACUGAUGUUGACCUGCGAACACAGCUAAUGCUCUAUGAGAGUGCCCUUCGCUUUGAGGAUGGAGAUAUGGAAGAGGCUGCAGCUGCUGCAGCUGCAGGUGGCCGACGAGAGCGACGGAAGCCAUCCUCAGAGGAGGGCAAAAGGAGCAGAAGGUCACUAGAAGGUGGAGGCUGUCCUGUGCGUACCCCAGAACCAGGCUCUACAGGCCCUGCUUCACCAGUAGGCUCCACCUCCUUCCCUGGCCCCACCUUGCUGACAAGUCCAGGCAUCAGCCCUACUGGCCCAGCCUCUGGCCUCCGUACCUCAGUGAACCUCUUUCCUACCAUUUCUGUGGGACCAUCAGUGGACAGUUCCUGUGAAAGAAGCAUCUACAAAGCCCGGUUCCUGGAGAAUGUGGCAGCAGCAGAAACAGAGAAGCAGGCUGCUCUGGCCCAGGGCCGGGCAGAGACACUGGCUGGAGCCACAGUGGAUGAGACUGAUGGAUCGUCACCAUCAGGCACCAGGGAACUGUGGGACUCCCCAGAGCCAGCCUCUGCACCUAGAACACCUCAGAGCCCUGUUUCCCGAAUCCUGCUCCGGACCCAGCAGAGCCUUGAGCCGGAACCCAAGGAGCCAGUGUUACCACCAAGUCCCAAGGCUGAGCCUGUCCACGAGCUUCCUACCCGUGUCCCCAAGCUCUGCAUUGGGGACUUGGACUUCUCAGAUCUAGGGGAGGAUGAAGACCAGGACACAUUAAACAUGGCAUCUGUGGAGUCUGAAAAAACGUUCCCACUUCUACCACAUCCACCAUCUUCACUCUCUGGGGGUUCCCCACCUCCACCUCCACCUCCCCCACCCAUCUUAGGAUCCUUACCCCCACCUCCACCUCCACCUCCCCCCCCCAUCUUAGGUUCCUGUCCGCCACCUCCACCCCUGGCUGCCCCUUUUUCCCGCUCAGCACUUGAUGGCCCAACCCUCCCCACCAAAAGGAAGACAGUCAAACUUUUCUGGCGGGAACUAAAGCUGGCUGGGGGCCCUGGGUUCUCUGGAAACCGCUUUGGACCUUGCCCUACCCUGUGGGCCUCUCUAGAACCUGUCUCAGUAGACACAGCCCGGCUGGAACACCUAUUUGAGUCCCGGGCCAAGGAUGUACUACCCACCAAGAAAGCUGGUGAGGGCCGCCGGACAAUGACCACAGUGCUGGACCCCAAGCGCAGCAAUGCCAUCAACAUUGGCCUAACCACUUUGCCACCUGUGCAUGUCAUUAAGGCUGCCCUGCUCAACUUUGAUGAAUUUGCUGUCAGCAAGGAUGGCAUUGAGAAACUGCUGACUAUGAUGCCCACUGAGGAAGAGCGGCAGAAGAUUGAGGAAGCCCAGCUGGCAAACCCUGAUGUACCCCUGGGCCCAGCUGAGAAUUUCCUGAUGACUCUUGCUUCUAUUGGAGGCCUGGCUGCACGCCUGCAACUCUGGGCUUUCAAGCUGGACUAUGACAGCAUGGAGCGGGAAAUUGCAGAGCCACUAUUUGAUCUGAAAGUGGGCAUGGAACAGCUGGUGCACAAUGCCACCUUCCGUUGCAUCCUGGCUACCCUUUUGGCUGUUGGCAACUUCCUCAAUGGUUCCAAGAGCAGUGGCUUUGAGCUGAGCUACCUGGAGAAGGUGUCAGAAGUGAAGGACACAGUGCGCCGGCAGUCACUGCUGUAUCAUCUCUGUUCCCUGGUGCUCCAGACUCGGCCUGACUCCUCUGAUCUCUACUCAGAAAUCCCUGCCCUCACCCGCUGUGCUAAGGUGGACUUUGAGCAGCUGACUGAGAACCUGGGGCAACUGGAGUGCCGGAGCCAAGCAGCUGAGGACAGCCUUCGGAGCUUAGCAAAGCAUGAGCUAGCCCCGGCUCUGCGUGCCCGCCUUACCCACUUCCUGGCCCAGUGUACCCGCCGGGUAGCCAUGCUAAGGGUAGUGCACCGCCGAGUCUGCAACAGGUUCCAUGCCUUCCUCCUCUACUUGGGCUACACUGCACAGGCAGCCCGGGAAGUUCGCAUCAUGCAAUUCUGUCACACGCUGAGAGAGUUUGCUCUUGAGUAUCGGACUUGCCGGGAACGAGUACUGCAGCAGCAGCAGAAGAGGGCUACAUACCGUGAGCGGAAUAAGACUCGGGGUCGCAUGAUCACUGAGACAGAGAAGUUCUCAGGUGUGGCUGGGGAGGCCCCCAGUAACCUGUCCGUCCCAGUGGCUGUGAGCAGUGGGCCAGGACAGGGUGAUGCUGACAGUCAUGCCACUAUGAAGAGUCUGCUUACCAGCAGGCCAGAAGAUACCGUACACAGCCGACGGAGCAGAGGCAUGGUGCAGAGCAGUUCCCCUGUCACACACACAGCAGUGGGGGCCUCCACUGUAUCCCCUGAGGAGACUUCAGCUUCCAGUUUACCCAGUGACACAUCAGAUGAGAUAAUGGAUCUGCUGGUGCAGUCAGUUACCAAAAGCAGUCCUAGAGCCUUAGCUGCUCGGGAAAGGAAGCGCUCUCGUGGCAACCGCAAGUCCUUGAGACGGACAUUGAAGAGUGGGCUUGGAGAUGACCUGGUGCAGGCACUGGGACUAAGCAAAGCUCCUGGCCUGGAGGUGUGAGGGUGCUAACACCAGGAAAUCUAUCUGGAUACAGCUAUAGCAACAAGAGACUGAGCACAAAGAGGGCCUGGAGCAGAAAUCUAGUUCAGAAGUCUGCAUCCAGGAACCAGUAUUGUGAACAGUAUUAGGGUGUGUGUGUGUGUGUGUGUGUGUGUGUGUGUGUGUGUACAUACACAUGUAUUUUGCAUGUGUGAGUUCCCUAUUCGGAACAAAAUAAAGUUUACCUAGCUAAUCCAA